AUGAAUAUUCCAUUCCUAAAGCUUCCAUAUGUGGUACAACUCGAAGUACUGAAACAAAUGGAAUGUCAAGAAGUGUUCUUGUUGAGUCUGUGCUCUGAAAAGUCGAAAAGAGUGGCUCAAAGCCUGAUUAUGAGACCAAUGAAAAUUGUAUAUGCAUUUCAUGAAAAACGUGUUCUAGUUUCUGUAGCGCUCGAUGAUCAGUAUGACCGGAUACAUUGUGUCGCUAAUAUGAAAUUUGUCUCAUCCAUUCCUAGUGAUCAGAUGAGGCCUGUGACGCUAGGAGGAAAGGAGAUUAGUUGCAUAUUUGUUAACGAAAUUUCAACUAGAAAUAAAUUCAUUCACGCUAUACACUGCCUUGAAGAGCACUCAGCUUUGGAAUCUCUCCAAAUCCAUAUGAACAACUUGUUCCGCUACCAACCACAUAUUGAACUAUACGUCUACUCACUUUGUUCUAUGUAUCAAUCUGGAAUUAUCAAGAAUGUCACUGAUUCGUGUUUUAAAAUAGAUGAGUUUAACACAGAGCAACUCGACAAGUUACUGGUGAUUUAUCCUAACCAGAAUAGCCUUCACUUAACCACCAAACUUAUUGGACCACCGUUUAGGAAUGACUCAAAAUUAUGGGCUCUCAAAGGAUUGGCUUUUCGAAAAGUAGAAGAUGCGAUUGUUGGUAGGGAAAUAGACGAAAAAUGUUCGGAAAUAAUACGGAACUUUGGUGGAAAGUAUCUGCUCAUGUUCAAUGUAGUCUAUGAUAUCGAUGACUGGAUACAUGUGAUCAGAAAUUGGAAAACGAAAGAAGCAUAUCAAAAAUUAAAAUGUUUGUAUACAAAGGCACCCAGGGGAACUGCUAUCGAACAUGCCAUGACGGAAUUCAAUUUCGUGAAGUGGGAUGGUCAGAGAAGACCAAGAAUUGCAAAAUUCGAUCCGAAAAUCAUCAAUAUCGUAACAAGUUUUUCUGAAGGACACGACUGCUCCCACUGGCUGGAUAUACAACAGGACGGCGGAGGGAAGUGGGCCUCGAUUAAGAUGACACAUAAUUCAAUAGAUUUUGCUGUGUGGGACUAG